AUGGGGAGGCUUCGGAAGAAACAUAACUGGAAAGGGAGACAGCAAAGCGACCCACAGACAACAGCUCCGAAACAGCAAGAGAGUGAAGUUGUAAUCGAACUCAACGAUGGAGAUGUCCUUAAGGGUGUGGAUGAGAGCAAUGCCCUUGUUCUCCCAUCGUCCAAAACCAAGAAGGAGAAAGUAGAAAAACCCGUGCCUAAGAAACAGCCGCUGACCAAGAAACAAAGGAAAAACCUGCAGAAAGUGUUGGAGGUCAAAGAGAAGAAAGCUCAAAGAGCAGAUAUCUUGUCUAAGCUGGCAGAAGUUCAGCUACCAGAGACUGAGCUGAAGCUAUUGUACACCACCUCCAAACUUGGUACUGGAGAAAAACUCUUCAAGACAAAAGAAUCUGUUAGUGAUGAGCAGGAUGGGGGUUCAGCCCCAGUGAAGAUCAGCAGUCUGAGUGGAGCUUACAGGAAGAGAAAGAGGAAAGCGGAUGACGAAGGGGACGAGGGAAGCGAGGGGUCAGAGUCCGCAGGCCAGGACACGGACCAAUCAGAUUCUUCCUCUGAGGAGGAGGAGGAGGAGGAGGAGGAGAAUGCUCUAGAGGAAGAGUCUAUGGAGAAGACAGAGCCCGCAGCGGAGACGGAAGAGAAACAAGCGGAGGGCAAGGAGGAGGGGGGACAGAGAGAGGAGGAGGGAAAAGAGGAGAAGAAAGAGAAGGAUGGUAAAGAAGAGAAAGGGCCAGUGAGCAGCAAAGCCCAGCCAGCCGUCUUUAUACCUGUAGACAGAUUACCAGACAUCCAGGAGGCUCGUUUGAAGUUGCCCAUCCUUGCCGAGGAGCAGGUGAUAAUGGAGGCCGUGCGGGAGAACGAGUGUGUGGUUCUUUGCGGAGAGACCGGCAGCGGCAAAACAACGCAGGUCCCGCAGUUCCUCUAUGAGGGAGGAUAUGCCAGCUCUGGUGGUAUAAUAGGAGUGACAGAGCCCAGGAGAGUGGCAGCUGUCAGCAUGUCUCACCGUGUUGCCAAGGAGAUGAAUGUUUCAACAGGAGUGGUGUCAUACCAGAUCAGGUAUGAGGGGAAUGUGACCAAAGACACCAAAAUUAAGUUCAUGACAGACGGUGUCUUGCUUAAGGAGGUUCAAAAGGACUUCUUGUUGCAGAAGUACAGUGUGAUCAUCAUUGAUGAAGCCCAUGAGCGCAGUGUUUACACAGAUAUCCUCAUUGGUCUACUGUCUCGCAUUGUCCCACUGCGCAACAAGAAAGGUUUACCGAUGAAGCUGCUGAUUAUGUCAGCGACGCUGCGAGUGGAAGACUUCACGGAGAACAAGAGGCUUUUCCGUACUCCUCCUCCGGUCAUUCAGGUGGAAGCACGACAGUUCCCUGUCACGGUCCACUUCAACAAACACACGGCAAUGGAGGACUACACCGGAGAGGCAUUCCGCAAAACCUGCAAGAUUCACCGCAUGUUACCACCAGGUGGUAUCCUGGUGUUCUUGACCGGCCAGGCAGAAGUUCACUCUUUAUGCAGGAGACUAAGGAAGGCUUUCCCUUACAGACCCAACAGAGAACAAACAGCAGAUGAGGAAAAACCAGAGGAACAUAAGAAGUCAAAGAAAGCCAAACACAGGAAAGCCGUGCCCCUCCCUCGUAUAGACCUAGAUAAUUACUCUGCCCUGCCCGUGGACGAGGGUGACGAAGACAGGCAAGCUGGCAUAGAUGAUGACAAUGAUGACGAUGAAGGCUCAGAUCUAGAUUUAGAUCUUGGCGACCAUCCAGAAGACACAGAAGAAAAGGCAGAUCCUUCCAUUCCUCUUUAUGUCCUUCCCCUUUACUCACUUCUCGCACCUGAACAACAAGCCAAGGUUUUCCGCCCCUCGCCUGCGGGCACUCGUCUCUGCGUGGUGGCGACGAACGUGGCGGAGACCUCUCUGACCAUCCCCGGCAUUAAAUACGUGGUGGACUGCGGCCGGGUGAAAAAGAGGUUCUACGACAGAGUGACUGGAGUGUCCUCCUUUAAAGUCACCUGGACCUCGCAGGCCUCUGCCAAUCAGAGGGCUGGGAGGGCGGGGAGAACAGAACCCGGACACUGCUAUAGACUGUACUCCUCCGCGGUGUUUAGCGAUUUCAGUUUGUUCUCCGAGGCUGAGAUCACGCGUCGACCUGUGGAUGACCUUGUCUUACAGAUGAAAGACCUGAACAUCGAGAAGGUGGUGAAUUUCCCCUUCCCGACUCCUCCCUCUUCGGAGGCACUGGUGGCCGCCGAGCAGUUACUGAUCUCACUGGGAGCACUGGAAGAACCCCCACGUCGUGGACGGGUGGUGGACAUGGAGAGAGCUCGUCUGUGCUGUCCCAUAACCCCGCUGGGUCGGGCAAUGGCUGCGUUUCCCGUGUCACCGCGCUACGCGAAGAUGCUAGCGCUGGGGCAACAGCAGGGCUGUAUGCCUUACGUCAUCACCGUGGCGGCGGCCAUGACCGUCCGCGAGAUUUUCGAGGAGCUGGACAGGCCAGCGAAUAGUGAGGAGGAGAACAGUACACUGGCAGGAAGAAGGGCUCGGUUUGCCCAGAUGAGGAGACUGUGGGCUGGGCAAGGCCCGUCUCUACUGCUGGGAGACCUCAUGGUUAUGCUGGGUGCGGUGGGAGCCUGUGAAUUUGCCGGGUGCACUCCUCAGUUCUGUGAGGAGAACGGACUGCGUUACAAAGCCAUGCUGGAGAUCAGACGUCUGAGGGGACAGCUGACCAAUGCAGUGAACGCAGUAUGCUCUGAGGCUGGGGUGUGUGUGGACAGUAAAAUGACCCCCCCCACUGAAUCUCAGGUGCUGUGUCUGCGGCAGAUUGUGUUGGCAGGAUUGGGGGACCACCUGGCCAGACGUGUACAGGCUGAGGAACUGCUGGAUCCCAAAUGGAAAAACGCUUAUAAGACUCCUCUGCUCGAUGAUCCAGUGUUUAUCCACCCAUCCUCUGCUCUCCAUAAAACACUACCUGAGUUUGUGGUCUACCAGGAAAUUAUGGAGACUUCCAAGAUGUACAUGAAAGGUGUAUGUGCAGUGCAACCUGAAUGGAUCCCUAAGCUCCUCCCACAGUACUGCCACUUCAACCCACCGGAGGAAAACCCCGCCCCCUGGUACUGCCCUGCCAGCGGCAGAGUAAAAUGCCAUCAACAAAGCACCUUCUUCAAAGUCGGUUGGAAACUCCCCACAGUAGAGAGGGAUUACCCAGAAGGCCUUGAGAGAUACAAGUUUUUUGCCAAAUUUCUGUUGGAGGGGCAGGUGUGUCCAAAGCUGCAGCAGCAUAGUAAAUGGUUACUCUCCAGUCCCUCGACCAUGCUGAAGACCUGGGCUAAGCUGCAGCCCCGGACAGAAGCUCUUCUGUCGGCCCUGGUGUCUGAGAAAGUGGACCAUUGGGACGCCUUGCACAACGCGUGGAAGAAAAACGACAAAUAUCUUCUCUCUUCAUACUGUCAGUGGAUCCCAGAGUCUGUUCAUGAGGAGUUGUCUAAGAGUUGGCCUCCGAUCUGAUUGGACGAUGAAGAGCGGAAUCCUGCCACACCACUUCUGUGGUCUGCAUACAGCACAACAACCUAAUCUUGAACCGCAAACAGGCUGUCCUGCUUAUCUCUCAGACUGGCAAGGCAAGAAAACCAUUCCAGUGUUUUUACUGGAUUGAACCUGGCCAUCUUUGUUUUGACUGACAGCGUACAUGAAACAGAUGGAAAUCAUCAUCUUCAUUCAACCUGUCAAAGACACACCCAAAAGUGCCCUCUGGUUGUCACCCAAAGCCC